AUGUAUUUUGUGUUUGCCUCUCCCCAUCCUCUCUCUCUGUGCGCGACGCGAAAGAAAGAGAGAGAGACAGAGAGAGAGAAAAGAGAGAGAGAGAGAAAAAAAGAAAACGGUCAAGUGUGUCUCUGUGUGUGUGCGCGAGAGAGAGAGAGAGAAGUUGGUCGCGGGUCUCGCGCUCUCUCCUUCUCUGUGUGUCGCCGUCUGUGCGUUGGCGGCGAGCACUGCUCGUCGUGUGUCAAGUGGUCAGCGCAGACGGUUGGGCCGUUGGCGGCCAUUAUGGCGGAGCAGACGCUGCGCAAGCCAAAUGGCGGGCCUCAGGCUUCGCGGUUUGAAUCCAGCGCUGAAUACGAGGCUCUCAAAGAGGUCAAGGCAGCGGUCGAGAAACGCUACGGCAAAUACAAUCGCGAUGCGGGCAUCAGCAACAAGGCGCUGGCCAAGCUGAUCAGCGGCAUUUGGUCAUUCCAAGAGACUUACCUUGGCAAGGCCAGCAAAGACCGAGCCAUGCUGCGCCUCCCGGGUCGCUUUUUCCAAGAUUACAGCGCCGACUCUCCGCUCGUGGUCAUUGUCGGUGAAGCCCUCAAAUUCAAAGCAGACAACAACAUUCGAAACAUUGAAUGGAAUCACCAGCGCGUCAACUCAAACAUGGACAUGAUGCUUGCCAUCAGCAACAAGCUUCGCGAGGAGGGAUUAUGGCCGCGGCCAAGGAUCUUCCUUGACAGCAGCAUCAGUGCUCCCAAGCAGGCACACCUCGCCGAGCUUGCCGAGGCUCGCGUGCAUGAAUCCAACUUACAUUUGUUUUUGGCAUGGUCCUGCACGCACUCGACCUGCCAGAAAUUUCAAUGCACUGUUACCCUCAACCACAAAGAUGCCACGCACAUCAUCUCCCAAUACCCAGACAAGGAUCCAACGGAAGACGACGAUGAAGAGUACUUGCGCCCCGUGCAAGAGCGCAAUGGGCAAAUGCUGGCCCACUGGUGGUAUUUUCCCGAUAGCUAUGAUACUUGGGUGCCCAAAUCUGCCGUCACUGGCUCGGUGGAACCUUUUCAACCCCGCGACACGUGGGUGGUGACUGCUUGGUGGUUGUUGCACACCGAAGUGUACAACGAGUUUAUGAACGAGGAAGACUACGAGGACACAGACUACAAAAUGAGCACGUCAAAGAAACGUGCCUCUCAAGGCAACUCGCGGGCCCGCCAACGCUCUGGUAAAGGUACCGAGAAGAAAAAGAAACGCGCUGCGUCUCCCGUGGAAGAUACACCCGCUCGCAAAUCUAAGCGAGACAAGCGUGCGUCCACGGCUACAGCCACCCCAGAGCCUGCCCCAGAGCCCGUUGCAGAGCAGCCACCGCCCAUGCUCAAUGCUCAACCCACCGGGGAGAAGGUGAUGGAUGUCACACAGGCCUUGGGCGAACGCGAGCGCACCACGCGUGGUGGUCCAAUUGUGGAGGUGCCUGAUGAACCUCCCCGUGUGGUGGCACGGCGGCGUCGGUCGCGCGCUGCUGCUGCGGCCGAGGCCGAAGAGCAGGAGCACGAGGAAGAGGCUCGCAAGGCGGCUCAACAAGCCGGUGACAAGAAGGGGCUUGUGGAAACGGCCGUGUCGACGGAUGAUGUGGUCGUCCAGACACGCGAGGAAGCGGAGGAUGCUGCCAAUGCGCUUGCUCAAGCCCAAGAAGAGGCCAUCCAUGCUAAGAAGCAAGCUCGCGAGCUGGAGGAACAGAUGCAAACCGAGGAUGAGGAAGAGCAAGAGCAUGAUGCCACACGUCUUGUGGAGGAGCAACAGCACCACAUUGUGAUCCCCGCACCGGCAGCUUGGUUCGAUUACCAUACCAUUCACGAGAUUGAAGUGCGCGCGUUGCCGGAGUUUUUCAACGAUAAGAAUCCUACAAAGCAGCCUGAAGUAUACAUGUCGUAUCGCAACUUCAUGAUUGACACGUAUCGCUUGAACCCGACACAAUACCUUACGGUCACGGCCUGCCGUCGGCAUCUGGCGGGCGACGUCUGCGCCAUCUUGCGAGUGCACGCGUUCCUUGAGCAAUGGGGCCUCAUCAACUACCAGGUUGACAUUGAAAGUCGGCCUACAGCCAUGGGCCCACCCUCGACCGCCCACUUUCACGUGCUGGCAGAGACGCCUUCUGGACUGCGGCCAAUUCACGCGUCUUUGCUAUCGGCCAAGUCUCGUACUCGUGCCAGGCUCAUACCGACCAUUUUGAAUACAACUGACACCUACCCAUGCGUGAAACAGGAGCGCGCGCAAAAAUCCGAGGCUUUGUUGGUCACACGGGCGUUGGGCGUACAGAGCAAGCCAGUGGCAAGCUCACCCAAGUCGGCUACCGAUUCAGCCAGUCAGCCUGCGACUUCCGCAGUGUCGGAGAUGGAUGUCGACAAGACUGAAGCACCCUCGAGCACGGGUGGCUCAGCCUUGGCGGCGUCUGAAAAGACCGGCGAUGACAAGGCCGGCGCUUCUACAGACGCCCGCGGCAGCACCGCAACUGGUGAUAUCAGUGCCAUGGACACAGAUGCAGAUGGCGAAACCCCCGGGGAAUCGCAAACCAAAGCACAGGAGGGUACUUCGGCGACGAUCAUCAAGAGCGAGCCCCAGAGCAAGGACGAUGAAGCAAGUCCCUCGCGAACCGAAUUCCUGUUGCAGCGCGACAUCUUCCCCACCGUGCCCGAGGAGGGCUUGCCUUGGACAGACGAAGAACUUUUGGCUCUGCUUGAGGCCAUUGAUAUUUACCGCGAGGAUUGGCUGGCCGUGCGCGACCAUGUUAACAACGUCUGCCACGCGGGGCAGCCCAAGCGCACGCAUGACGAGUGCCUCACGGCCUUUGUCCGCUUGCCCAUUGAGGAUCCUUUUUUGAAGGCGCAGACGAGUGCAGCGCCCGAAGCUGUGCCGUUCUCCUCCACUGCCAACCCGCUCAUGAUGACGCUUUCGUUUUUGGCAACGCAAAUCGAGCCCGCGGUGGCCGCCGAGGCAGCCAAGACGGCACUGCGGACGCUGGGCGAUCGCAAACUUGCCGAGACGCAAGCGCGGGGAGCUGGUCGGACCGAGGCCGAUGAGGCUACCGCCAGUGCCCCAGCCACAUCCACAAGCGCGGCCAGUGUAGCCAGCGACGCUACGGCGUCAGAGGCGCCAGCCGCAGAGGCCAAGGCGCGUACGGCCUCCACAUCAACCGGGGCUGGCGAGAAUGAAACGGGCGGGACUGAGGAGGAAGGUCUUGGCGUCAACGGCGUGCAAGAUGUCCUCAAAGACGCUGUUCCCCAGGCCGAUGUUGAGGCUGCAACCCGUGCAGCUCUGCAAGCUGCAGGCGGCAAGGCCCUGAAAUUGGCCAAGGCGACGGAACGCCGCAUGAGGUUUCUGGCAGCGUGCCUGGUAGAGACGCAACUGGCCAAGAUGGAGAUUAAGCUCCGUCACUUUGAGGAACUCGAGUCGCAGAUUGAGCUGAAGCAAGCUGCGGUCCAACAGGAGCGCCAAGCCCUGUUGCAACAGCGUAUCAAGUUUGAGGCUGAGAAGCGUCGCCAGAUUGAGCAGCUGGAGCGAGGCGAGCUCUCAUCCAAUGCCGACCUGCCGUAGGUGGUAGUAGAUGGCAAUUCAGACAAAUCCAUCGUGGCAAAGCCGGCCGAAGGCCGGUGUCAUGGACCUUGCGCCUUCCAUCUUCCCGUCUCGCCGGUUUUUGCUUGUCGUUGGAUUGAAAGAAAACCACAAAAAUUCAAAACGUGAAAUGUC